UGCUUCGUCACGGUGGUUACCUAAGAGACACCCGAGUAAGCCCUUUCGCGUAGGUUUCACAAAACGAUGGAAUCCCGUGGAUCAGUUAAUCACCCAUCAAAACCAAAGACCUCCUUUCUCAUAGAGGAUAUCCUUUUUCACCGACCCAAGCAAUCGUUCGAAGACAUUCCUACAAGCAGAGAUUCGACAUUCAAUCGCCACCUGUCAUCUAACAGCUCAUCGGAGAUGAAUAAUCGGUGCUACGAAAUGCUGUUGUCCAGUGGUGGAAGUAGUGGAUUACAACAGCAGCAAACAAACAUCUCUAGCAACGCUUCCGACUACACUUUCUUCCCGAACGCGCUGGCGGCCGCUUUCCUUUGCCCCGCUCCUCCGUCAACCUUCAACCUCAACAAUCAACGCUGUAACAAGAUGGACACGCAACACCCAUCACCUCUUUUCUUUCAAGCCACAGGGUUACCUUUGACGGCUCUUCUGGCCGCCGAUGCCGGAGCUAAACACGGACGCAGGCGGAAAGCUCGGACAGUCUUUUCCGAUCACCAGCUUCAUGGACUCGAGAGGCGUUUCGAAAAGCAGCGCUACCUCUCGACUCCCGAACGUGUUGAAUUGGCUCACGCAUUACAUCUCAGCGAAACUCAAGUCAAAACGUGGUUCCAAAAUCGAAGAAUGAAGCACAAAAAACAGUUACGUAGACACGAGGACAAGAAACACAGUUGCAAUACUACGUCAGGUGGCCAACUAGAUCAUUCCAUUCAAGAUGGUCCGGCCGAUUUAUCUUUUCGUGGUGCGUUACAGUCCAACGAUAUGUCGUCCGAGUCCGAAUGCUCCGACAGCCUACUCGAAGAUGAUGUUGAUGUUAUGAGUGAUGAUACAUAAUUUUCCAGAAUUCAAAUUUAUUUUGUUUAUUAUUGUUUUUGUUUGUUUUUUAUUUGAUUUCGUCUCUU